UUUUCUAAGUGCAUUUGUUUCGAGCAGCAGUUUGAUCAAUUAGUCUUUUUUCUUUUAUACCAGUAUAAACACUAUUGUAAAGUAAUAUGGGAGACGAAGAGGAUCCAUGGGGUUUCGACGAUGGCGGCGCUGCUGCUGAGGAGCCAUCAGCAGGCUCAACAUCUAAUCAGGGAACUCCUGCUCCUCCCUCCAAGGCACCGAGUGUGGCUUCCGACCAUAAGUCUGAAAGUGUGGCGGUCGGCGGGACUCCGGCAGGCGAGGAGGCGGCUGCUGUAGAGGAAGAAAUUGAGUUCAAAGCGCCUCCACCUCCGCCAGAAGACGAUGGCUACAGGAAACCAGUUCAAUUGUACCGACACUGGGUCAGGCCAAAGUUUCUCCAAUACAAAUAUAUGUACAACUACAGAACCAAUUAUUAUGAUGAUGUGAUUGACUAUAUUGAUAAAAAACAAACUGGAGUGGCCCGUGACAUACCUAGACCCCAGACGUGGGCGGAACGUGUCCUGCGCACUCGAAAUAUCAGCAGUGGCAUUGACUCGUUUGCUCCAUCGGCAAAGAGGGACAAGCAAUUAAUCCAAACACUGGCGGCCUCGAUUAGAACUUAUAAUUACCACACCAAGGCAUACAUUAACCAAAGGUAUGCCAGUGUGCUUUAGUGAGCACACUUAAUUGUAAUAAUAGAAACGUUUUAAAAGAUGAACUCGUAGUCAUAACAAAUAUGAUCGUUUUUAAAUGAUCUAUACAUAUAGUAAGUCACUAGGCGUCUGUGUUUUUGCGCAUCUCCACGCAAUGUUGACCUUAUAUGUAGAAUGAGGUUAAUACUGCUCGGUAAAACUUUUCAAGAACCAAAGAUUAUAUUUUGUAUAUUUUCUUACAAGCGUAAUUUCUGUUAAUAUAUUUUUAUAUAUAUAUUUACGUAUAUUAACACAACUUACCUCUUGGAUACAUGGUAUUUUUAAGAUUAUUUACUUCAUAUCUAGAAAAGUAAAUAAACUAAAAAACUGAUUUAUAUUGG